GUCUUCUGUCAUUAUCUCUGUCACAUCGACUUCUAACCUACUUUGGCAAAAAAGCCGUUUUGGGAAGUUUUCAUCUUAAAAAAAGUAUUAAAUGAUAUUUAAUUUAUUUCGUGCUACAGUUUUCAAAAUACUUGUUAAAUAAAUAUAGUACAUAUAUCUAUGUCAUUGAUACUAGAUAUCUGUUCAACAAAAUAGUGUAUCAACUACAGCAAAUUUAAAUAAACGAGGAAAGCCAAUAAAAAAAAACAAAAUGGAUUGUCUUCUCUCCUAUUAUACGGAAAAAUUUACAAAAAUUGACGGGAAUAUCUUCGAAGUAUUUACCAAAUUUUAUAGUCUCGACUUAUCACAAGUUGAUUCAUGGUUGGAAACACAAUUCAAAAACAAAGUUAAGAAAGAUAAUUCUAUGUCGACAUUUUAUAGACAGGAAGGUAACAAAUGUUAUGCUCGAAAAGAUUUGUUAAAAAGUUUAGAAUUUUACACGAAGAGUUUGUGUUGUGCUACUCCUAAUGGACGAGAAUAUGGGCUUGCUUUAGCUAACAGAUCUGCAGUUUCCUUUGAAAUGAAAGAAUUUGAGAAUUGUAUACGGGAUAUUGACUUGUGUUUUAAAACAAAUUAUCCUAGGGAUUUGAAGCCCAAAAUAUAUUUAAGGAAAGCAGAGUGUUAUUUUGAAAUUGGCCAAAAAGAUGAUUUGGAUAAGUGCAUUAAUGAAGCUCUAGAGUUUCUAUCAACUCAAAAUAUAAGUGAAAAAGAUAAGCAUAUCUCAAAAUUAGAACAAAUGAAAAUUUCUAAAGUAAAAAUGAAGCACUCAGAUUUUAAUCGUGAUAAUUCAAACGAGUUUCCAGAAUUCAAUGCUGGUGAAAAUGAAUGUUUUGCUUAUGCAUCAUCAAAAGUUAAGAUGAGCUAUGACAAAUCAAAAGGAAGACAUGUAUUAGCCAAAACGAAUAUCAGGAAAGGAGAUGUUUUAUUUAUAGAAAAAGCUUUUAUUUUUGCACCCGUAUUUAAAGAGAAUAAAGAAUUCUAUUCGUUUAAAUGUUAUAACUGUCUUAAAGAUAUAAUUAGUAGUAUACCCUGUCAGUCGUGCACGUUGUGUGUUUAUUGUAAUGAACAAUGCCGAAUAUCCUCGUGGGACGAAUGUCACAAAUGGGAAUGCGAAGGAAUGCAGGCUAAUAUAUGGUACGACCUUGGAAUAGGAUUUCCCGCUUUUAAAGCGGUGCUAAAAGGUGUAAAAUCGGGUUUUAAAAACGUUAAAGGAGGAUAUGAAGAGGAUAUUAAAAGGUUUGGAUCGAAAGAGGACAAUUAUCCGUACUUUAACAGAUUGGUGUCUAAUAUAUACAAGAGUAAAAAUGCUGCACCAUAUAUUGUGAUGGCUGCAAUCGUGGUAACAUAUCUCAAAAAGUACACUGACUUUUUCUCAUGGUUUCUCAAGCAAAAAAACUGUCCCAAGGACGAUUCCAAUAAUUUAAUCAGAUAUAUCGGUGGCCUUAUCACAAAACACAUUGCUCAAUUAUCGUGCAACUCGAGCAUUAUAGAGCACUGGACCUACUCUUCUACGGAUCUCCUGUUCCCAGAUAUAUUGAUUACGAUAGCUUGUGGAAUGUUUCCGUCGGUCAGUAUAAUGAAUCAUUCGUGUCGACCCAACGUAACAAACUUCUUCAUCUGUGAUACUAUAGUUGUAAAAGCGCUGGAAGACAUACAGGAGAACGAGGAAAUAUUUAACUGCUACGGAAUAGAUUACAGGGGAAUGAACAAAGACCAGCGGCAAAUAGCUUGCAGAAGCCUGUAUCAUUUUGAAUGUAAAUGUGUCAUUUGCAGUGACCAGUCUAAGGAAGUGGAAAUGUUGGAUAGCUUUUUGUGUCCUAAAUGCAAAGGACUGGUCCCCGAAAUCCCGAACGUUUCGUUUAUGUUCUGUCUCAGUUGCGGCGAAGAGUAUUCACUGAGGCCUUUCAGAAAAAUAAACGACGAAGCUCAAAAAUAUCUUGAAAGCGAAGACGCGAAUCAACUAGAUAUACUAAUUAAGAGUCUUAAAAUAAGAGAGAAAAUAUUAUAUAAGCAUCACAAAGAUUUCGAAGAGGUUUAUUAUAGGUUGUAUAGUUAUUAUGUAGAAAUAGGAGACGCAGAAAAUAUGUUUAAGUAUUUCCAUUUGUGGCUCGAAAAUGAGAAAGCGCGAAGAGGCGAAAAUUCGAGGGGCAUUGGAACCAAAUUAUACGAAGCAGCUUUAGCUAUUUUGCAUUGUCUACAAAGCGGACAGCCUAAAAAUUGCAUUAACCUUAAGGAUUUUUUACAAAACGUAGAGCAUAUGAUUAGGGAAGCCAAAGUGGUUUUGAACUUAUAUUAUCCCGCUUACAUAACUAAUAGACUGAGUAGAAAAAUACAGUUUAUAUCGAAUAAGUAAUUUUUUACAGUUAAUAUAUACUUUUACUAACAA